CCAACAGAAGCGGACCUGUGGUUGCUCAACAGCUGCACUGUGAAAAACCCUGCAGAGGACCACUUCAGAAACUCAAUCAAAAAAGCCACAGAACAGCAGAAGAAGGUGGUGGUAGCAGGGUGUGUUCCCCAGGCUCAGCCCCGCAUGGAAUACCUCAAAGGGCUGAGCAUCAUCGGGGUCCAACAGAUUGAUCGAGUGGUGGAAGUAGUGGACGAGGCCGUUAAAGGCCACUCAGUUCGUCUGUUAGGUCAAAAGAAAGACGGAGGCCGAAGGCUCGGAGGAGCUCGACUCGAUCUGCCCAAGAUCAGGAAGAACCCUCUCAUCGAAAUCAUCUCCAUUAACACCGGGUGUCUUAAUGCGUGUACCUACUGCAAGACUAAGCACGCUAGAGGAGACCUGGCCAGCUAUCCCAUUGAGGAGCUGGUGGAGAGAGCCAGGCAGUCCUUCCAGGACAGAGGUUUCUCCAUGUGUGCUCUGACUGAGGAACGGUUCAGGCUCCAGUUUUUCAUCAUCUGUCCGUUGUACGGGCCAAUAAACUCGAAACAGACUUCAGCGACACACAAGCACCAGAGUUCAAACACGUGUCACCGCCACCGAAGCAUCAAGAAGCGAUAA